CGAGCUUAUUCUUCGUUAUUGUUGAUCUUGCAGGUUGGCUGCAACGCUCUUUACAACAAAACCUCAUACGAACAUACUUUUGCACUAAUUCACUUCCGAAAUUCCGACAAAUUCAGGAGUGUGACAUACGCUUUGAUCCAAUGCCCCUCGGCCGCCUGAUACCCCGGCCGACAUCUUGCACCUUCUCUUGCGCUCAGCAUGUCAGUCGAACGGCAAAAAUAUCAAACAGCCGCACAUACGCAGCUCGGACAGCAAACAAACAAGUUCCUGUAGGCGGCUCAUCGCUCGUAGAGACUUUAGUGGAACAGGAUCCCUAUCAGCGAAUAUGGUUCAUAAGACCUCUUUCCUUGAUGAUGUUUAACACAGAGUCGGCCCGAGCAGCUCAUCUGAAUUCUAUAUGGCGCAAUUACCGUUAUCACGAAACGCAUAUCAUCCCUUUUUGGACUCUUUGUAUUCUCUCAGAUUUGCGCUCAGAAGCCAUACAUCGCCAUACAGGAGGGCAAGAUUACGCGAAUGUGGCUCAACGCUUCUGCACCGAAAUAGGUCUGAAUAUUGCAGCUGUUCCAGACAGUCAUUGGUGCAGUGGACUCUAUUUCCGAGAAGUACUUCGAAUGAGGCAAGGAUCAAUAGAAAAGUUACUUAACGGCUCUAUGAUAAGUUUAUCAGAUUUUCUACCCUCCCCAACUCCAGCACCGUACGUCAGGGAUUUCAAGAACGUCGGUGCUCCUGCUCCUCUUCAUGACAAUAAUCAAUUUGAUCCUGUGACAAGUCCUAAAUUUGCAUGGGGCCCACCCAAACUUGAGCGAUCAGAUAUGGAGAAUAUAAUUUCAGCCCACGAUGCUACGUUCGGCGAGUGGGAGGAUAUCCAUGUUCGAGUGAGAGAUACAAAAUUGUUUGCCAUCCCAACAUAUCGUCUGCUUUACAAAGUGUAUCUACCUUCCGGAGAAAUAGCUGUUACCGAUGGCGAACUGAACGAUAAUGGCCACAAUUUAGUGGUUGAUUGGCCGAAAGGGAAAGCACAGUCAUCUAAUCAUGUUAAACACAACAAUGGGCUUAUCUUCAGUCGAACAUGGCUUGAUCACCCCGAGAGAGGCAUAGGAUAUUGUUUGAUGGGGGAUCAAGGAUCCUCCAGCGUUGUUUCAACCUUGUUCAAUGCUAUGCGCCGCGGGGGGCCCAUCAGAAAAGAGACUUGGGAGGACGAUAAAAUCAUCCCUCUGAUAGGUUCCGCAACUGUCCCUCAUCUACAGUCCCUGAUGGAAUAUACAGGAAAAGUGUUAUGUGGUCAAGGACAAGCUUUCUCUGAGCCAUCAUUCCCAAUCGAAAAAAAGGCGACGACAACUUCAUCUUCUUCCCUUUUCUCCAAAGUUGAUCCUACCAUUCGAACUAAGCGUUCCGCUGCUUCUAACGUUUCUCCCGCAUCUUCUCUAUCUUCUAGAUUAUUCGGGCCAUCUUCGAUUAACUCUUCAGCUUGGACUUCCUCUGGAUCCCACAGCAGCAAACGACAAGCUGUCUACGAGAAGUUUGCGAGAGCCAAGGCGGAAAAGAUUGGCAGUUCCAUCUAUGGUCCAUCUGAGCAAUAUGCUUUGAGAAAGCUUCACGACCGCAAUGGAUACUACGCAGAGCUGGGAGUGGAAAACCUCGCAGUCGAACUCCUUGAUAAAUCCAAAGAGAAAGAGGUCAAUUCCAUCUUGAAAGAGAAGUAUUAUACUUUGUGCAAAAUCAAACACUCGGACAUCGGAGGGGCAGAAGAGGAUCAAGUGAGGUUGAAUCGAGCGUACGAGCAAGUGGAAACUUAUGAGCAAAGGCGAAACUAUCAGCUGAAGCCAGAAAACUGUCCAUCUUUAGAUUAGAUUAGAAACAUAUAUCACAUAUAACCAGCAUUAGGAAUACCAUUGUAGCAUUCUUGAAUAUGUAUCAUUAUAUUAGCA